AUGGCCGUCAACAACCACACCUCUGAGCCCUCCAUCCACCAUAUAUGCGAUCGUUACCUCGACGAGUACGAACGCACCGGCAACGACCACAGAGCGGCUCCUCAGGAGCCCAUUGCCGCCACUACCUCUGAGGAGACCAUUGCCGCCACUACCUCUGAGGAGACCAUUGCCGCCACUACCUCUGAGGACCCCGCUGCUGCCACCACGACUGAGGAAGCCAUUGCCGCCGCUACGACUGAGGAGGCUGCUGCCAUCACUACGUGA